GCGCUGCAAGAACCGGCUCCGGGGCCCCGAUAACGGGCCGCCCCCGCAGCUCCUGACACGGGGCGAGGGUCUCAUCUGGUCUGAGAAUGGCUACCUCCCGGUAUGAACCAGUGGCGGAGAUUGGUGUUGGUGCCUAUGGGACCGUGUACAAAGCACGGGAUCCCCACAGUGGCCACUUUGUGGCCCUCAAGAGCGUAAGAGUCCCCAAUGGAGGAGGUGCUGGAGGGGGCCUGCCCAUCAGCACGGUUCGUGAAGUGGCCUUACUGCGCCGGCUGGAGGCUUUCGAGCAUCCCAAUGUUGUCCGGCUGAUGGAUGUCUGUGCCACUGCCCGAACUGAUCGAGAGACCAAAGUGACCCUGGUGUUUGAGCAUGUGGACCAAGAUCUAAGGACAUAUCUGGACAAGGCACCCCCACCAGGCUUGCCGGUGGAGACCAUCAAGGAUCUGAUGCGUCAGUUUCUAAGAGGCCUAGAUUUCCUUCAUGCCAACUGCAUCGUUCAUCGAGACCUGAAGCCAGAGAACAUUCUGGUUACAAGUGGUGGGACAGUCAAGCUGGCUGACUUUGGCCUGGCCAGAAUCUACAGCUACCAGAUGGCACUUACACCUGUGGUGGUUACACUCUGGUACCGUGCUCCAGAAGUUCUUUUGCAGUCUACGUAUGCAACACCUGUGGACAUGUGGAGCGUUGGCUGUAUCUUCGCAGAGAUGUUUCGUCGAAAGCCUCUCUUCUGUGGAAACUCUGAAGCUGACCAGUUAGGCAAAAUCUUUGACCUGAUUGGGCUGCCCCCAGAGGAUGACUGGCCCCGAGAUGUGUCUCUACCCCGAGGAGCCUUUUCCCCCAGAGGGCCCCGCCCAGUGCAGUCGGUGGUACCUGAGAUGGAGGAGUCUGGAGCACAGCUGCUACUGGAGAUGCUGACUUUUAACCCACACAAGCGAAUCUCUGCCUUCCGAGCCCUGCAGCACUCUUAUCUACAUAAGGCAGAAGGUAACCCAGAGUGAGCAAUGGAAUGGUUGCAACAGAACCAAGAGAAGAGAAGCCAACACUUCCCUUCCUUUGAACACUUGAGAGUCCCUUGCCGAGAAGUCGAUCUCUGCCUUCAUCUCUGGGGUGUGGAGACGACUGCCUCUGUCUUUUUACAGAGAAUAUUUUGCUGCCUUAAUGACAUUCCCCUCCCUCCCCUCCUUUUGAGACUUACCCCCCCCCAUUUCCUUACACCAAGGGGUAUGUUCCUUGCUCUCCCC